CACAAUGACCAAAGUUGCAUACCGAUAUUUAUGUCAAGUCUUUAUAUCUAUUCACUAAUUAUUUUCAUCUUUCAAAAAAUUGCUGGUUUGUUUGAUGGCUAGUUAUCGAGCUAACGCGAGAGGAAGUUAGCUUGCUUACGUCAACGUUAGCUUUGCUAGUUCAGCCAGUGUCAGUUUCGUUUUUGUAAAUUUAUGCUAUUUAUAACUUUUUGGUAUUUCGAUGGUCUACCAUAUCUAUCUAUGUAAUUUUUAUCACUUGCAUGAGCAACCCUUUCAGGCCUAUGGUUUGGCUCCAUGUCAGAACUAACUAACGUUCAGCCAGCAUUUGCCAGUGACGUUAGCUAGAUCUGCAUGACGGUUCGGGCUAGGCCUGCUGGUUAUCGCCAGCAUGUCACACCUACAAGGAAUCAGCUAAAGUCAAGAUAGGUCCCGCCCCCAAGUUUCCUGAUAUUAAAUCCAUAUUCCCCUAGAUUGCUUCUUUGAUCCCUCAUCUCUUCACUGGCAACUUUCUCUACAGAGAUUUGAUACGUUUACGUUCCAGCAUGUCUCACAACUACUCCUACAGACGACCACCACCAGCUAAAGAUCUAAGAGCCAGCGCUUUCGACUCUCCAGAUCACCUGCACCCUGGAGACCACAGUCACAAUGUUUACAGAUCGUCCCAGGAGGCUCCGUCUCAUUCCACAAUACCAUCCUACCCAUCCUCCUCAUCCAGAGCCUCCGCUGCCACCGAGUCCCCUUACUCCUUCUCACUAAGCCAGUCAGACCCUUACUCCUCCCUAAGCCGGUCAGACCCUUACUCUUCCUCUCUAAGCCGGUCAGACCAAACUCUGACCCUCCUGAGCAGCUGUGGGCUUGAGCCCAAAGACUUGUCUCUACUAGCCGAGAUGCCUGAGGAGCUCAUCACUGUGGAGAACCUACCACGUCUGCUCCUGGAGAUCAGAAAGAAGAGGGCGACACAGCAGCCACCAUAUCCAGCUAUGACCUCUUACCCCCCCUGCUGCCACAUCUCGCCCCCCCACUGCUACCCUUCCUCCAGGCCGUGCGUGGGAGCAGCGUGACCAGAGUCGUUCUCAGCAAUUAGACUACCCCCACCCCGCUCUUCCCCCUUCCCAACUCCUUCCCACAGAACAGGCUGAGCCCUGGCAACUAGAUCGUCAUGGCAACCCGAUGCAGUACACACUUCCUCGCCUAGAACCUGUGCCUGUCCGAGUUGUGGACUACCACUAUGGUAAAGAAACUCCCAGAAGUUACCAAACUCCUAGGUCCACUUACAACACGGCCCAAGGAGGAAGCAGCAACACCUGGAAACCCCCCAACUCAUCCCAACCAGCAGUAGAUUACAGGUACCCACCAGCUACAGACUACAGACCACGCCCAGACAAAGAUGUCCCAGUUGUCACAAUCAAGAUGGCCACCUCUGGCAAAACUCCCACCAAGAAGGCUGCUCUUGACUUCCACGGAGAAAUCCCCCAAACGUUUCCUUAUUCGUGCUCUCUCUGCGAUAUUACUGUGCUCUCUGAAAAGUACUGGUUCACACACGUCAAUGGAACUCAACAUGCAGACGGACAGCUCACACUUCUUCAAAUGUAUCCUGAAUGGGAUUGCCAGAUGCAGACCGCCAGAAGUGGUGGCGACCACACAGACAGACCAAGGGUUGAAGAGAAGACUGCUGGACCUUCCCAUAGGUCUAUUAACUACUUAGGUAAACCGUCAAGUAGCGGCUCUAGAAAAAACGUAGACACUAAGACAAAGGUUACAAAGGUAUUGUUGUUCUUCUGGUUUAUUACUAUCUAGGUUUCCCCCUUUUUUA